AUGGCUUCAUCUCCAGGUUGUGAACACUAUGUGCGCAGUUGCUUGUUAAAAGCACCUUGCUGUGGGAAGCUGUACGUGUGUAGACUGUGCCAUGAUGCAGAAGAAAACCACCAAAUGGACAGGUUUAAAGUGAUGGAAGUGCAAUGUUCAGACUGUCUUACGAUACAGAAGGCACAACAAACAUGUGAAAAGUGCAGUGUACAGUUUGGAGAAUAUUACUGUGACGUUUGUCAUUUGUUCGACAAAGACAAAAAGCAGUAUCACUGUCAGCCAUGCGGGAUUUGCAGAAUAGGACCCAUUGAUGAAUACUUCCACUGUGAUAAGUGCAAUUUGUGUUUAGCCCGUGCGCUGGAAGGAAAGCAUAAGUGUGUUGAAAAUGUCUCGCGGCAGAACUGUCCGGUCUGUAUGGAGGACAUUCACACGUCACGGAUCGGGGCUCAUGUUCUGCCGUGUGGUCACCUCCUGCACAAGACCUGCUUUGAUGACAUGCUCAAAAACAGUGCGUAUCGCUGCCCUCUCUGUAUGCACUCGGCCUUGGAAAUGCAGAACCACUGGGAGGAGAUCGACCAGGAGAUUGCCCUUUCCCCAAUGCCCAACGAGUACCGGAAUGCCACUGUUAGGAUCAUGUGUAAUGACUGCCAGGCCCACUCCACGGCCUCGUUCCACGUCCUGGGGAUGAAGUGUGGCUCCUGCGGCUCGUACAACACAGCUCAGGACGGGGGUCUGAUCCAGAACCAGGUGGAACUGCCGGCCGCGGGGCAGGAGGGCAGCGACACGGAGCCAGAGACGGAGCCUGAAGCCCAGCAGAGCGCUCCCCAAUAA